UGCGUGCGUCUCUCAGGCAGCGCGCACGCCGGCGUGAGAGGGCACGGGGAAAAAGGUGGCUCAGGCCGGGGCGGCUCGGUUUCCUGGGGUUAUGUAGCAGGGCUCGUCGGCUCGCGAGACCUCUCGCCGCCCUCGCCCGUGUCCCAGCGCGGAGUCUGUGCUCCGGGCGGAGGCCGUGUUCAAGCCCUCCGCGCUCCCUCGACGUAGAGCUCGCCCCUCGCUCGCUCGCUCGCUCGCCCGCCCGCCCGUGGGAGCGUCCCGGCCGAGCUGCGCGGAGGGGGAGGGGAGGCCAUUUUGUCCCGACCGACUCCCCGGAACCGGGCGGAGCGGCUGGGAGAGGCUGCGGAGCCGCGGGCGCCGCCCCUCGGAGGCACGGGCGCCGCCACCGUCGGGGCUUCCUCGACGAGGCCGUUCGCGAGGUCUUCUGCUCCGUCUCGAGAGCUGCUUUCCCCCGCCCGCACACGCGUAGCCGGCUGCUGCGGCCCCAGAACGCCCGGGUUGAGGAGUUGGCCGUAGUGAGCAGCACCGAUCCCUUGGGGCUACCGGCGGCGAGCACCCGAGCCGCUCCUCCCAAUGGCGAAGAAGACGUACGACCUGCUUUUCAAGCUGCUCCUGAUCGGGGACUCGGGAGUGGGCAAGACCUGCGUCCUUUUUCGUUUUUCGGACGAUGCCUUCAAUACCACCUUUAUUUCCACCAUAGGAAUAGACUUUAAGAUCAAAACAGUGGAACUACAAGGAAAGAAGAUCAAGCUACAGAUAUGGGACACAGCAGGCCAGGAGCGAUUUCAUACCAUCACAACCUCCUACUACAGAGGAGCAAUGGGCAUCAUGCUAGUGUAUGACAUCACCAACGGUAAAAGCUUUGAAAACAUCAGCAAGUGGCUUAGAAACAUAGAUGAGCAUGCCAAUGAAGAUGUGGAAAGGAUGUUACUAGGGAACAAGUGUGACAUGGACGACAAGAGAGUUGUACCGAAAGGCAAAGGAGAGCAGAUUGCAAGGGAGCAUGGUAUUAGAUUUUUUGAGACUAGUGCAAAAGCAAAUAUAAACAUCGAAAAGGCGUUCCUCACAUUAGCUGAAGACAUCCUCCGAAAGACCCCUGUAAAAGAACCCAACAGUGAAAAUGUAGAUAUCAGCAGUGGAGGAGGCGUGACAGGCUGGAAGAGCAAAUGCUGCUGAGCGCUCUCCUGUCCAUCUGCUGCCAUCCACCAUCCGUUUCUCUUCUUGCUGCAAAAUAAAACACUCUGUCCAUUUUUAACUCUAAACAGAUAUUUUUGUUCCUCAUCUUAACUAUUCAGUCCACCUAUUUUAUUUGUUCUUUCAUCUGUGACUGCUUGCGGACUAUUAUAAUUUUCUUCAAAAAAAAAUGUAUAGAAAAAUCAUGUCUGUGACUUCAUUUUCAGAUGUACUUGCUCACUCAACCCUGCACUUCAGUUGUAUUAUAGUCCAGUUCUUAUCAACAUUAAACUAUAGCAAUCAUUUCAACUAUUCUGCAAAUUGUAUAAGAAUAAAAGUUAGAAUUAACAAUUUUAUUUUGUACAACAGUGGGAUUUUCUGUCAUGAAUAAUGUGCUUGAGUCCCUAUAAUCUAUAGAUGUGAUAGCAAAGAAACAAAAGCCAGGAAAACACUCAUUUUCGCCUUGACUCUGUAUGUGGGGUUAAUUUUGUCCUGUGCCUUAUGUGGAAAGGACCUCCUUUGAUUUUUCUCUUUGUUUCGGUGGAAGCAUGUGCAGGGGACAUUUCAUCCCGACAUAAACCCGUUCGGAUGCUUGUGGUUUGCUUGGCUGUAUCUUUCAGAGUAGUUAACUGAGGACAAAGGGUAAUGCAGAAGUGAUAUUUGAUUUCCAGUCUCAUUCCCAGUGGCCUUGAUAUUUAAACUGAUCCCCGCCACCAAGUCCUUGGGCCACUCUGUCCCUGCGUCUCAUCUUUCUGCAUGCUGCUUUGUUUGCCCCUACUACUCCUGGUAUGAGUUAUUUAAAGAUGAAAGGUUUGUCAAGUUUAACAUAAAGCACUGGUUUACCUUGCUAAGUAAACAGAAAGGUAAAUUCUAACUGCCUAUAUCAGAUGUCAGUUAAUCGGUGUCAGCCCCUCAUUUACUCUCUUCCCAAACCUGUCCUGCUGUUUGCCUUCUGUUCCCCUCCCCACCCCACCUUACCCCACUCCCUGUCUAUCCAUGGAGUUUAUGAAAUGGAAGAGUUAAUUGCAUGCACUAGUGUUUGGAGGGUGUUGUGGCUUGUCUUUCUAAUUAGGUGUAUAUCCUAUUCACUUUCCUAGAGUAAACCUCCUAACCUGGAUUUGACUAGUCUCCAUUAUGCCAACUCCUCUGGCAGUCUUUUCUGGUAGCCCAGGAAAGACUGGUUUUAAAAAUACCAUAAAGAGCAAGGAGGAGUGGGUCUUAGUAGCAUUUGCCAAAUGUAUUGAGAUUUGGCCUCUGAAGAACACUUUCGGUAUUAAGUUGUCUUUACUGUUAAGAUUUAGAAAUACAUUAUAAUAUUAUUAAUUUCAAGUCCUAUCUUUAUAUCCUCUCAGAAAACUUCUGUUACCAUAAUUUUUUAAAAAAGAAAAAGGACAGCAAAAGGCUUCUCAUGUAAAGCUGAGUUCUCUGGCUCUGUCUGACCCAUCCUUCUCUCCCCGUUCUAGUUUGGCUUCAUUGCUUCUCAUUGGGAUAGGGUGGGCAAAGUCCCCUAUGCUGCUAGCAUCCUAAGAUGAUACCUUUGUGGGAAUAAUUGUGAAUAGCAUGAUUCAUUUCAAGCAGAGGCUGAGUUUAGGACAGCAGCUACCAUUGAGAAGAUUUCUGUGACAUGCAUUUUAAUGACCUCUUGGCUCACAUAAACAAUAUAGGGACAUGUCUGCUAAAAGAAACCAUGAAUUUUUCAGAUAGUGCCCUAAAGACAAUUUUAUAUGCCUCACUGGUGGUCCUUAGGGUUCUCCUCCCUCACUUGACUUUAUCAUUGUUUACUAGUAAAGAGCAGCAUUGCCAAAUAAUCCCUGAUUUUCCACUAUGAAAAAUGCAAUGUUUAAGCUUUUGAAGUUGUAGGUUAAACCUACUGUUGUUAGACCUUUGCUGUUUGUGUUACUUCCCUCUAUCUGGAAUGUGGUGGUCGCCUCUUUACUUUAAACUUUCUUUAACCCUUAAUUCAGUGACUUAAGGUUUGGAGCUACACACUGGGAUUUUGGCUAACAGACUGACAGUUUUGUUGUUUGCAUAAUUAUAAUCGGCAUUGUACAGAGAAAGGAUAUGGCUACCUUUGUUAAAUCUGCACUUUCUGAAUAUCAAAAAAACAAAAACAAAAGGGAAAUGGAGUAUAAAUCAAUUUUUGUAUAAUCUGUUUGAAACCCGAGUUUUAUUUGCUGACUAUUAGGGCUUUGUCCCCUUUCUGUAAGUCUCUUGGGAUCCUGUGUAGAAGCUGUUCUCAUUAAACACCAACAGUUCAGUCCAUUCUCUGGUACUAGCUACAAAUUCGGUUUCAUACUCUACUUAACAAUUUAAAUAAACUGAAAUAUUUCUAGAUGGUCUACUUCUGUUCAUAUAAAAACAAACUUGAUUUCCAA